AUGCGUCCCAUAGUUGAACGUGGAACAUCUGUUUUCUGCCCGUAUAAGAUGAAGGAUAUUCAGGUGAUUGAGAAAAUCCAAGAUAAUUUCACUCGAAAGCUGGUUGCAAGAUCUGGUGAUGCUACUUAUGGUAAAGUGCCUCGGCCAAAUUCAAUGAAUAAAAGUGUACAAUUGCACUGUUUAUGGUCUUUCAAGAAGAUUUAUGAUGUAUGUAUGGUGUUUAAGGUGCUGACUGGUAUUGCUAAAAUCGACGCAUCCAAAUUCUAUGCAAAGUUGGAACCAGAGGUGGACAAGUGA